UGAUGAUAAUAUAACAUGUUCUUUGAGCAAUAUCUUGUGAUUCUUGCUAAAACACAGUCACAACACACUGAGAAAGAAGAUUGCCAUAGGGUGUUCUUUGCAAAAAAAUAUAAGCCAAACUUAAACACAGCUUUAAAUAAUAUCCUACUUCUUUUAUUUUUGCUUUUUAAAAAUAGGUGUAAGUGCAACCUUCACGCUACUGGCUGUAAAGAAGAAAACAAAAGACUACUUUGUGAAUGUGAGCAUAACACAACUGGCCCAGACUGCGGAAAAUGUAAGAAGAAUUACCAGGGCCGACCAUGGAGCCCUGGUUCUUAUCUGCCUAUACCUAAGGGCACUGCUAAUAUCUGUAUACCCAGUAUUUCCAGUAUUGGUAUUGUAAAAGAUGUUGUAGCUGAGGAGCUGCCAUAAAAAACAACCACAUCUUCACAUUUAUGCAGAAUUCUCCUUUCUUCAAAGGAACAGGUAUGAAACUUCCUACAUUGCUCCAAAAAGAUUACCUAAAAUUGGCCCAGAAUCUUUUUUAAGACUUAAUAAAUCAGUGCAUGAGUUA